AUGGAAAGCCCGAGGUGGCUCCUCAGCAAUAACCUUCAAAAUUCUCCUCGUGCACCGCGGCGGACAUCGCCUGUUUGCAUUUGGAGGAAUGCCCGCUGCCAGGAAGAGAAAUUGUCAAUUUUGAGCGAGAAGAAAAGAGGUGUACGGACAAUUUGUCCGUCGAGCUGCGCCCCAGGUUCAGGCGGUACACGGCAGCCUAGCGCCAAGAUGUUUGCAGCUGUCCCGGAGAGGGUGGUGUUGUCGAAAUCAUCUCCCAGGGCCCUGUUUUCCCGUCGGCCUGAUAACUCUCUGAGGGCUGCGCCACCGACAUCCGCAAACGGUGUUGCCGGUGGCGGUUCUGAUGCAUCACAUGUGAAGAGGGAUGAAUUGCGGCGGGCAUUUCCCAAGAGGUUCAUACAAGAGAAAAUUGAAUUCCAAAAGGGAUUUUUGAAACAACGAAGAGAAACUCCAAAAAGUUCCACACCGCGGCGACGGGAAGUUUCCAACGAGUCCAUGCAGUCGAAAUGGCAACGGCUUUUUUCUUCGAUGUCCAAUUUACAAAAUAAGAACAAUGUUGCCAGCUCCAGUCGAUCCGUUGGGUCCGCCAUGCAAUGUGUGUCCCCAAGAAUGAUUUCUCCGCCAUCCUCCGUGGGUAAUUGUGGGCGACAGUCCUCGAGAGGUCAGCAGAAAAACGAUGUCCUGUGUCCUGGCCAAACAUCACCUUCUUCAUCACCGUCAGAUGGCUUCACAACACGAUCGAUGCAAAAGCAACUUAUUCGUAAGCAGUCAAUACCCAUCCCGCCGGCAAGGCAUGGGGAGAAGAGGGAGCCAGAGACAGAUAGGCAGCAUUUACUAUGCGGCAGCGAAACCUUUAGGCUCAAUUCUGGACGCCAUCCUUCACAACAAAGUAGCAGAGUCCUCUCUUCGUCGCCCAGUCCGAAUGAUGUGUUUCAUGACACACCGAUUCAAAGUGGCCUCCAUAGCGGCCGACGGGGUUACUCAGAAAUCAGGGUGCUUGACCGUUCUCCUACCCUUUCCUCUGGCCGCAGCAGUCAACGUCCCUUGUCGCAUUCUUGCCCUCUACCGGACCGACUGCUGGCGCAUCGAAGCACUCUCACCCAUGAGUUUGACUGGCCACUUCUAAGAUCCGCCACGAGUUCACGUUCCUCUCACCUAAUAAGAAGGAACGCUCCCAUAAAACCUAUGAGGCGUACAACAGAGAGGGAAGUGCUAACACCGCAACAGUUCCUUGCUGUUCACUUGCCAUCGUGUGAAUUUGACUCGCUUCUGAGUUGCGUCAAGGUGCAGCGAUCGGCGUCGGUAGCAAACGGCAACGACAAGGAUGCCGAUUCCAUACGUGAGGGGGAUUACCUGUUUGGGUGUGAGAACAAACCCGUGUUAGACAUUGAUACCCUGGUGAAGCGGGUACAAGAGGCCCUGGAGAGCGGCAGUGAGUGCCUGGAGAUGGACGUUCUCCGCGGCUCGGUGCCUGUUGUCGUGCGAGAACGGAUUCGGGUGUAA